AUGUCACUCUGCAAGCAAUGUUCCCGUACACAAGGCGAAUCGAUCAAUCUCGAACCUGAUCCAUUAGGUAAUUGGGCUUGUCCAAAUUGUGGUCUUAUAGAUCAGAGAGUCACCGAACAAUCUCAAUAUGUUAGUGUAUCAAACGUUAUUGGAAGUAUCAUAGAUGAGGAUAGUAGAUUACAAACAAGAGAACAAUUAGAUAGGGUAGAAUACAAAUUCAAAGAAGGAGUAGAAGAUUUGCUCAACCUGUAUCUCGGUAUAAGAUCUCCACAUACUAGUAUCAUAGGUGGUCCAGGUGAAACACUUCGAAAUGGUGCUAAACAGUGGUUUGAACGUAUGAGAGAAAUGGAAAAAGAACAUUAUGGAAGAGUACAUCUCCUUCAUCGAGCUCAAGUAAGAAGAACAAAAUACCUGGUCGCCGUAGCUAUCAAGUUCGCUGCACAGGAAAGUUCAGUCAUAAUCCUUCAAAAUAAACUACAAGCAUCGGGGAUCAAGAGGAAGAAAAGGGAUAUACCAAUGUAUACUAAAGGUGAUGAAAAAGUCAAGAAUCCAACUUUAUGGGAAAUGUUUCGUCGUGCGAAUUCUUUCGCGGAGGAUAGUUUCGGUCAUUUAGAUUCUCUGGAAUACCUAAAAACUAUAUUUGCUCGUUAUUCCAGAUUCGUCAACUUCGUCCUCACACCACUUGAAUCUAACCUCCUAUACGUCAUGCAAAUCAGCAACCGACUCCGAACACUUAUGGAAUUACCAUUCGAAGAAAGGUUGAAACAACUGAAAACGAAACCGAAAAUCACUAAAGGCGAAAGAGAUUGGUCCAUUAGCGAUUUCAAUUAUUUUGAUGAUUUCAACUGGGAUAAGGUUGUACCCCAUGCUUUCCAUCUCUAUCAAAUUCAAGAAUGCGUCAGAUUGUGGGGAAACAAAAGCAGUCCAUCGAUAUCCAUUGCCCUAACUCAAUGGGCCAUUCAAAGUGCAUCUGAAAAUGUUAUGCCUCAGUAUUCAUCUUUUCAACGUGAACUCGCGGCUGAAUAUGAUCGGCAACAAUGGGUAUCAGCAGAACGAUUUAGAGAUAUGAGAAAUAUGUUAAUUGCUUGGUCGACCUCAAUUUCAGAUGCUGGUAUACCAUUCCCAAUAAUGUCUUUGCCCAGUAAAGGUGGAUUUGGUGAUGGGACUUUAGGAUUUAACGGAGAUAGAAGAAGACCUAUUCCGGAAAUUGAUCUGGCAGUAGCUGCCGCUCCUGUUCUAGUUGCCCAUUGGCCUAGAGUACUCAAAGCUAGACUUAGAUUUAGAAUGACUGUCAUGGCAUUAGAAGAUGAAAUUUGGUUAUCUAGAAAGUUGUUCGUGGUUUCAGCUCAAAUAUAUCAUUAUAAACAAGAUCCACUAGCUCAACAAACCAGAGCACAAAUGAUACAAAGACCUCCAUCCGCAAUAUCAAACCCAAAAUCCGUCAAACCUCGUGUAUCUUACAAGUACAAAAAUCAUGCCGAAGCUGCAAGAAAAGCGAUAGCUCAAUUUGAACCACUUGCAAAAGCAAGAUCCAGACUGCCUUCCGUUAUAGGGUGGAAUCCCAAUGUGGUCAAUGCGCAAUAUCGCAACUACAUCUCAUCUGGAUCAACAAUUACAGCAACCCCUCCAUGGCCAAGACCGCCUGCCUCCCAAUUUGUUCCUCCACCGGAGGAAAAAUCAUUACAGAGGAUGAUUGAUGAACCUGAUCCAUCGUCGGAUGAAGCAGAAGACUACAGUAGCGAUGAAGGUCAAGAUGGACCAUACGCUGGAGUCUCCCCACCCAGUCUUGCUCAAAUCAACGCAAAUGCCAAAGCUGUAGUAAAUGGAAAACAACCUUUCGCCUUUACUAUCGGUCCGAAAGGUUUCAACAUCGAUAAUCAUUCAGCGCCACCCAUUAUACAGCCAACAAACCAACUUCGCAUCGCUCUUGACUCGUCUUCCGAUCUCUCCCAUUCUCCGGUACUUAUGUCCCGUAACUCCUCUCUCGAUUCUACGUCUGGUGCUGGAUCCGCUUCUGAAGCAGAAACAGCAAUCAGACAUCCUCAUGGUAGAUUAGGUGUUACCGACUCACUCAGUACACCUGCAGCUAGUGCUCAUUCAUCGCCUCGAAUGAAUCAAGUAUCAUCUUCAUAUGGAAGUUUGAAGGCUUCCCCUUCUCCAUCUUCCUUACCAAGGGUGAUCCCUUCCAGUCCUGCUGGACAAACGCCAUCACGCACCAUGUCUUCUGCAGGAUCAACAUAUGGACCAAGGGCACCUGUCGAAGAUGCUCAUGUAGGAUUGUUGAUUCGUGAAAGAGAAGAGUACGUUCAGAUGAGAAUACCACUUUUACAAUCAUCUGGAACGAUAGUCUCUCCGUUAGUGGAACAAUACAUGUGGAAUUGGAUAAGGAGUCAAGUCAAAAUUGGAUCAAUGCCUAAAACCAUAACAACGGAUUAUUUAAGAAGUAUAGGUGUGAACGGUGAUCCAAGAAAAAUCGAUCUAGGUGAAUGGUUACAAUCCCGUAGAUCACAUUGGAGCCCAAUUGAAUGUUUACUAAGAGCUGGAAUCAAGCCUCAAGAACUUCCGAUACAACAUAUACCAUACUCAGUCAUUCAUACUCGACUCCUCCUUCAUCAUUACCCCGGUCCAACACCAUUGAAUCCAAUGAACCAACAGAUCGAUAGUGACCAAUUGGAUAAAGAAUUAGAUAUACUUUUCACGAAAGAAUCGGGAGAAGAUAUAAAUGAUGUUUUGCUCACGGAAAAAGAAGCUAAAAUGAGGAAAGAAAGGUAUAGAAGAAGCGGAAUCUGGGACAUAGAAGAUCCGGUAGCAACUGAAGAUCAUAUCUCUGUCACAUCCAACAGAGAAACUCCAUUCUCCGAUGAACAUUGGGAUAUCGACCGAGAUGUCGAGUUCGAUGCUGAAUCCAUGUCCUCAAACUCGGUGUCAUAUUAUAACCCACCAUUAUCACCGUUAUCAAACUCAUCAAGAGAAAGCAGAAGUACCACUAUCACUACCACUACCACUACCACCACUACCGGUAUGAGUGUUCGAACUUCUAGUAAUUACAACACGAAUGCGAAACAAGCCAAAAGAGAUUUAUUCAAAAUACGUAGUCGGUUGAUAUCUACUACAGGAAGAAAACAGUUUGAAGGCAUCGGGCCGUUAUUGAAGAUGAACAAAAGGAGCAGACCAGUAACCAAUGGCGCUGGUUUAGAGGAGAAUGGCGGGGGUGAAGAAGACGAAGAAGAGGAAGAGCUGGACGUUGACGAUGAGUACGGAGGACUGGUUGGACUGAAUUGGAAAGAAAUGGGAUUAAGUGAAGAAUUCGAUGAUAACGAUAACGAAAAUGGUAACGACAACGACAAUGACAACGACCAUGAUGACAUGGAAGAGGGACAGGGGAUGAUCCCGAAAGGCAGAGGAGGCAGAGGUAGAGGUAAAGUGAACGCGUCACGGAAGAGGAAAAGAGGCAAAGACGACGAUGAUGACGAGUAUAGUGGUCACACUAUCACUAGUCGCGAGAAGAAGGGAAGGGUACAAUCUUAG